AUGGAACAAAUAGAAAAUGAGAAAGGUGGCGACAAAAUUGUUCUAAAACUGAAUAAAGAUUCACCAGAUGGAAAGAAUAACAGAAAAGGAAAUCUUUGCCAGGAAAAUUGGGCUCAAUUAAACGAAGCUGCUACGAAAGGGGACAACAACACUUUUGAAGGAGACAGAGAAGGUAAGCAAGAGAGCAUUUGCCAGCAAACACAGCUUGGCAAUUUAACUCGGUUUAACGCCACCUACCGACAGCCAAGUAGAAGAAGUCACGCCACCAUAUGUGGUGCAUAUUCCUCUCUGGUUCUUCCAAACUCUUGA